GGGCGCUCGGGUGACUGCCGCCGCGCCGCGCCUUCGCCCCGCGCGGCCUCCCGUCGCUUUGCACAGGGCUGGAUGGUGGCACCGGGCAGGGUGGCUCCAGGAUGUUAGGGACUGUGAAGAUGGAAGGGCAUGAGAGCAGCGACUGGAACAGCUACUACGCGGACACUCAGGAGGCCUACUCCUCGGUCCCCGUCAGCAAUAUGAACUCGGGCCUGAGCUCCAUGAAUUCCAUGAACACCUACAUGACUAUGAACACCAUGACCACGAGCGGCAACAUGACCCCAGCCUCGUUCAACAUGUCCUACGCCAACCCGGGCCUGGGCGCUGGUCUGAGCCCCGGCGCGGUGGCCGGCAUGCCCGGGGGCUCUGCGGGGCCCAUGAACAGCAUGACGGCUGCGGGCGUGACAGCCAUGGGGGCGGCGCUGAGCCCCGGCGGCAUGGGCGCCAUGGGAGCGCAGCCGGCGGCCUCCAUGAACGGCCUGGGCCCCUACGCGGCUGCGAUGAACCCGUGCAUGAGCCCCAUGGCGUACGCGCCGUCCAACCUGGGCCGCAGUCGGGCGGGCGGGGGCGACGCCAAGACCUUCAAGCGCAGCUACCCACACGCCAAGCCUCCCUACUCUUACAUCUCGCUCAUCACCAUGGCCAUCCAGCAGGCGCCCAGCAAGAUGCUGACGCUGAGCGAGAUCUACCAGUGGAUCAUGGACCUGUUUCCUUAUUACAGACAGAACCAGCAGCGCUGGCAGAACUCCAUCCGCCACUCGCUCUCCUUCAACGACUGCUUCGUCAAGGUGGCGCGCUCCCCUGACAAGCCGGGCAAGGGCUCCUACUGGACGCUGCACCCAGACUCGGGCAACAUGUUUGAGAACGGUUGCUAUCUGCGCCGCCAGAAGCGCUUCAAGUGCGAGAAGCAACCCGGAGCCAGCGGCGGGAGCGGGGGCGGUGGCGCCAAGGGCGGCCCCGAGAGCCGCAAGGACCCCUCGGGCGCCUCCAACCCCAGCACUGACUCGCCGCUGCACCGCGGCGUGCACGGCAAGGCCGUCCAGCUAGAGGGCGCGCCGGCGCCAGGGCCCGCCGCCAGCCCCCAGACUCUGGACCACGGCGGGGCAGCGGCUACAGGGGGCGCCUCAGAGCUCAAGACCACGGCCUCUUCUGCGGCUCCCCCCAUCAGCUCCGGGCCGGGGGCGCUGGCAUCUGUUCCCCCGUCCCAUCCGGCGCACGGCCUGGCACCCCACGAGUCGCAGCUGCACCUGAAAGGGGACCCCCACUACUCCUUCAACCACCCUUUUUCCAUCAACAACCUCAUGUCCUCCUCGGAGCAGCAGCACAAGCUGGACUUCAAGGCAUAUGAGCAGGCGCUGCAGUACUCGCCAUAUGGCGCCGCGCUGCCCGCCAGCCUGCCGCUCAGCAGCGCCUCGGUGGCCACCAGGAGCCCCAUCGAGCCCUCAGCCCUGGAGCCGGCCUACUACCAAGGUGUGUAUUCCAGACCUGUCCUAAACACUUCCUAGCUCCAGGGACUGGGGCUUAGUCUGGCCUAGCCAUGCUGGUAGCAGGAGAGAGAGAGAAAGAGAGAGAAAUUCAACAGCAAACAAAACCACACUUAAGAACCGGCAACAUAAUAAAAUCCCAACAACUAUUUUUAUUUCCAUUUUUUUGUGUGCACAAUCUUUUCCCCAGUGCAAGAGACUGUUACUUUGUUAUAUUAAAAAGGCAUUGUGUAUAUUAUUACAGACAACCAACCCCAACAACCUCUUUUUUUCCCAACAAAGUUUAAUGAUCCUCGAUUGUAUAUAUAAAAUCCUCUGUCUUCCUUGCUCUUUUUUGCUUUCC